AAGAAUAAACUGCAGACAUUAUCACAUUCAGUUGUUUCCUCGAAUGUCCAGUAAUCCCAUACAAUUGAAAAAGUCGAUCUUGUCGAACGGUACUUUGAAGGAUGUGCCUGACUCUCGCCUUUCAACUAGAGCGUCAAGUCCCAUCGAAAAGACCGAUUCUGUCAUCAACUUAACUAAACCUUCCCUUUACAGCAUAUACAAUGAGAAUGCAGCAACUGCCCUCAACUUGGACGAUGAUGAGGAUGACUCAAGCAAUCAGCUCUACGUUCAAUCCACACGUGUUGAAGAGGUUUACGUACCCGAUCACUUGAGCAAAGGCUCAAAGCCCGUGGUGGCAAUUAAGUUUAUCCUUAAGGCAGCAGUGUUGUCGGUAUGCGCAUACACUUACAAUGAAAUAACCAGACACAUUCGCAACAAUCAUAUAAAGCUUGGUGCUCAAACGUUCCAGCCCUUGUUCUUAACUGAGCUCUUCCUCACCAAAUCAUUCCAUGCAGUUGAACCGUUGAAAGUUUUGUCCAAAAACUUCACUCCUUCGCAAAACUAUGCUACGGUUUUGGUGUUUCAAGGUAUGAUCAUGGGAUUAGUACACCCAUUUUUGGAUUUUGUUAUUCCUCCAAAACAUAACCGUCGACUCUUUUCUUCAAACCCAGAUCCCAAGAAGAGAUAUGAACCUGCCACUCUUUUCAACGAUAUUUUAAGACUGUUAAUUACCUUUUUGGGUAUAAGUUAUGCCAUUAGGAACCUUGAAUGGUCCUCAUCCUUACAAGUAUCCGUUGUUUGGUCUUUAUUAAGUCCUUGCUUGUGGUUGUUACUCGACGGAACUGUGGCAGGAUUGUUGGCCGGUUUGGUGGUCACUGUCUGGGGAUGUUUGUUUGUUUAUUCCAUGAACAGCGACUUAAUUAACAUUUACACAUCUUUCGAAUCAUCGGACUUCAUUGCUAUCUGGUUAUGGACCAGUAGCUUUUUCUUCUGUGGGAUGAUUAUCUUUGGGAAAAUCGGCAGAGCUCUAUUUUAAUACAGUAUAUAUGAACCAUAUAAAUUAAACACAAUUUGAUGGUCGUGCGUGCCUACC